AUGCUACAUAUGGCGAUGAACUCUUCAGAUGCUAUACGAAGAAUUUUAGACUUUUUCAACAUAAUAAUCCGGGACGCGUUUGAAGUUAUAGAAUCGGAUUAUGAAAUAGACGAUCACGAAUCCGCAAAAUUCAAUAUAGAUUACGUUGAACUCGCAGAAUUCGAUGGAGAACAUUUCCAAUCCAUGAAAUCCAACACGAAAGAACCAGCGCUCAUGGGAUCUGGGAGCACCGGUGGACUUAUUGGACUCGAUACAGAUGAUCCAGACGUCCCGAGGGACCAGAAAAUCCCGAUUGAUCUCAAGGAUCUUUCGAUGUGCUUGAGCACCGUCUCGGGAGUAAUUAUCGCAAAAUUGAAGCGCUUUGUUGGCACGAUCAAGGACCCCUGCGCAAAACUGAACUGUACACUGGGUUCGCAAUGCGUACGAAGUAGAGACGGCACCGAGGCCUCCUGCGAAUGCUUGGAAUCCUGCCCGAAUUUAGGAGAUCACGAGGGAUCGAGCCCUGUCUGCGGCACAGAUGGGAUCGACUAUCCAUCCCUCUGCGAGCUGAACAGAGAAGCCUGCGCGAAGGGUGUUAAUAUCACGGUGGCAUUCCAAGGCAAAUGCGAUCCUUGCAGUAACGUGGAGUGCAUAGAACCGGAAGUCUGUCAGCUGGACGACGCGAGGCAACCAGGCUGUCGUUGCGGCGAACAGUGCGGCCUUGAGUUCUCGCCAGUUUGCGGAAGCGAUGGUAAAACAUACUCGAACGAAUGCAGCCUCAGGCAGGAAGCCUGCAGAUCCAGAUUAUCGCUCAGAAAGGUCUACAACGGCGCUUGCAGUUCAGGAAUCAAUCCGUGUGACGAGGCGAAGUGUGUCUCCUACGAGCAGUGUGUCAUUAACCGACAAGGAAUAGCAAGCUGCGAAUGCGGCCCAGAAUGCGAGCCAGUGAUGAGACCUGUCUGCGCACGGGGUGGAAAGACGUACACGUCGCUGUGCGAGCUGAAGAGACAGGCCUGCUUGACGAAGACCAACAUCGAGGUCGCCUACACGGGUACCUGCGGGUCCAGAGGACCGUGCUCGGAGAAGAUCUGCCAGUGGGGCGCGAUCUGCGCGGAGACCAGCGGCACGGCGAUUUGCGAGUGUCCGACCUGUCCGGCGGAAUUUCAACCCGUUUGCGGCGACGACGGCAUCAGCUACGGGAACGAGUGUAAGCUCCGCCUGGAGGCCUGUCAACAUCGACGAGAGAUCCGCGUGCUUUACCAGGGACUCUGCAAUGGUUGCGAGAAUAAAAAGUGUGACUACUACGCUGAAUGUGAAAGCGACAGCACCGGGGAAGCCAAGUGUGUUUGUCCUGGAAAAUGCGAACUGUCGGGAAAGGAACCUGCGGAAGCGGAGAAAGUAUGUGGAUCCAACGGAAAAACUUAUGCCAACGAAUGCUUUCUGAAGGUAGCCUCCUGUAAAUCUCAGACUCAUAUCAAUAUCAGCUAUAUGGGUGACUGUGAACUUUGCACGCGUGUGAAAUGCGAUUACGGAGCUUACUGCAUGGCUGGGGUGUGCGUGUGCCCAGAAAUGUGCCCGGAGAGCACUGGAGAACCCGUGUGCGGCAGCGAUGGCAAAACGUACCCGUCGGAGUGCGAGCUGCAGAAGGAGGCCUGCGGCAAGAAUCCAAGACUGCCGGUCUUGCACGUGAUAUUUUACGGCGACUGCGGCGAACGAUUUGCUGUUGCAGCAUUGACCACGAUGUCGACGCCCGCGGUGGUUCGAUUGGCAACCACUGCAGUCCCGACCAGCACGCUGGGUCGCGAGGAUUGCAAGGACAUCAACUGCGACUUCCAGGCGACCUGCGAGCUCGGUCCGGACCACUACCCCAGGUGCAGUUGCAAGUUCGACUGCGCCUCGAUAUCCCCGGAAAACAUGACUCCCGUUUGUGGUAGCGACCUGAGGACCUACUCGUCCCUGUGCGCCAUGAAAAUGGAGGCCUGCCAAAGGCAGCAAGAGCUAAGACCUAGACCCUUCGACCUUUGCCAAGGUAUGGAAGUAAAGCCUUGCAAUGGUGACCCGCCAUUGGUGGACAACGAUGGGAAGGAAUAUGACUGUGGCAAUGGACCUGAACGAAGGGACUGCCCUGCUAACAGUUACUGUCAUCAAACCACACGACUCGCUCGAUGCUGCAGAAAAGCUCAAGAAACCCAAGUGAUGAAGUGUUCCGAUUCCUGGCACGGUUGCUGCCCGGAUGGUAAGACGGCCGCGCGUGGACCUAACGGUGCAGGUUGCCCGAGCGUGUGCAACUGCAACAGGUUGGGCAGUGUUUCUGACACCUGCAAUCCAGAGACAGAACAAUGCGAGUGCAAACCGGGAGUCGGUGGUCUGAAAUGCGACAGGUGCAUGCCUGGCUACUGGGGACUGCCUAAGAUCAGCGAGGGUCAUCAGGGAUGCAUACCAUGCGGUUGCUCGCUCUUUGGCUCCGUCAGAGAGGACUGUGAACAGAUGACGGGUCGCUGUGUCUGCAAACCGGAAAUUCAAGGCCAGAAAUGCACGAUCUGUACCGAUCACAACAAGAUAUUGACACCUACUGGUUGCUAUUCAGCCGACACGACGCCGCCGAUACCGUCGUCCUGCAAAGAGCUGGAAUGUUAUUCCGGCGGCCAUUGUUUGGAGAUCGAUGGCACGCACUGCGAUUGCCCGUCGUCCUGUCCAUCGGACAUACCGUCGGUCCCGGUCUGUGGUAGCGACGGACAGACAUACGACAACGAAUGCGAGCUAAGGCUCUACGCUUGUCACCACCAGGCAGACGUGGUCACGCAGGCCUUCGGCCACUGCAGAGACGAUCCCAUGGUGAACACGGACUUCCCCGUUAAAAGGUACACGGCGGUGCAAUACACCCAGCCAGCGGCCGGCAUUUCUCCGUUAUCAAAAUCUACCAGGCAUCUGAUGGAGCCGGAUCCACGCUAUUAUUACACCCACCGAGCGCAUCAAGAAACCAUCACGAUCGACAGAGACAAUUUAAAACACGGUGUCGCGGCCGCUUACCGGCCGACUCCAGCGACGAUUCGCGUGGUCACUGCGUUGCUCGGUGAUCUUUGCACCGACGACAAGGAUUGCACUAUACCGAACAGCGAAUGCUCCAACGGAGGUUGCAUCUGCUCCGACGGAUACGCGGAGACCAGCGACAGACAAGAAUGCUUCGCUAAUUACGUGCCAGUCACACCGACCGAAGAAUUCCGUGCCUGCCUGUCGAACCCCUGUCACGCAACAUCGACGUGCAUUGACCUGCCCAAUGCAACGUUCGUUUGCAUCUGUAGGCCGAAUUACACGGGACUAUUGUGCGACGAGAAGAUCAACAGAAGGGAUUACGAAGUGCCGUCGUUCGACGGCAAGAGCUACGUAAGGAUGGACAGAUUGAAAGCUUACCACAAGUUCAGCAUCGAGGUCGAGUUCAAGACAUACGCCGACAAUGGGAUUAUACUUUACAACCAACAGAAGAGCGACGGAACCGGGGAUUUCGUGUCGUUAGCCAUCGUCGACGGAUUCGUGCAGUUCCGAUACAAUUUGGGAAACGGUCCGGUGGUUCUGACCUCUACAGAGAGAGUUACUAUGAAAACGUUCCAUCGCGUAGCGGCAAAGAGGUACCACAAGGACGGUAUUCUAAUUUUCAACGACGGUGAGGACGUGCUUGGUCAAAGUCAAGGAAUAUUGAAGUCGCUGAACCUGAACCAGAACACGUACAUCGGGAAUAUGCCAACGAAUUACUCCAAAGUAUACAACAACAUCGGCACCAAUCAUGGCUUCCUCGGUUGUAUCCGUAAGAUGAAGAUCAACGGGAACUACGUCGACCUGCACGUGGGCCACGACAAAGACAUCCUGGAAACCUAUCGCGUUAAAGAGUGCGGUGAAAACGCGUGCGCCAAUCUACCCUGUCAAAAUGGCGCCACGUGCCAACCGAUUUUCGAGGAGGACCUCUGCAACGGUCGCGAAUGCAGACGGAUACAGAAACGGGGAAAGGGCAGAAAACAGACCGGCGUGAACAUCGUGCGUUGCAAAGGGACGCAUUGCACCUCUAUAAAUCAACGAAGGCCGAAGAAGAGCGCGAAGAAACGUUGCACGACGGCCAAGUGCGAUUACGAUUACGAAGUCGAUUACGAGAACAACUACGAGCACGGGAAUUACGCCGUGGAAAAGUACGAUCCACCCGACUACAGAUGCAUCUGUCCGCCACAGUUCACUGGCAGGAACUGCCAGGAAUCCUUGGAUCCCUGUAUCGGCGAACCUUGCCAGCACGGAGCUACCUGCGAUAUCCUUCCGCAAGGCGGUUACGUUUGCAAAUGUCCGCCGGGUAGGACUGGCGAGCACUGCGAGAUUCUGGAUGCUGAAUUGACAGAGCUGCUGAUACCCGAAAUGUCAAGCGACGGUUUCCUAGAACUUCCGUGUCUAGAAGGGGUGGCGAAAGCGUUCUACAUUGUACUAUGGUUUCUUACACGAGCAAACGAUGGUUUGCUGCUUUACAAUGGACAGCUGAACAAUGGACGCGGCGACUUCAUCAGUCUAAACCUAGUCCACGGCAAGCUGGAGUUUCGAUUCAAUCUUGGAAGCGGUAUCGCCAAUAUCACCUCUCCGGAUCCUGUCACGCUCGACACGUGGCAUUGCGUUAGAAUCAGCAGACUCGGUAGGGAAGGUAUCCUCCAAUUGGAUGACGGAACGGUCGCCAGGGGAUUAUCCGGACCACGUUUGACGGAACUGAACCUCGAAAUGCCACUUUACGUCGGUGGUGUUAAACAUUGGCGAGAAGUUCAUCGUUUAGCUGGAGCCCGGACCGGAUUGGAUGGCGCAAUACAAAGAUUGAUGGUGAACGGGAAAACGUAUCAGAAUUUAGCAGUGAACGUCACCCAGCAUAACACGGACAUUUACGAUGGUCUACCGUGUCCCAGUAACAAAAAUCCUUGCCACAAUGGCGGAGUGUGUUUGCCUCUUCUCAAUAGCUAUCUGUGCAAGUGUGCGAACGGUUACAACGGCCUGCAUUGCGAAUUUUUCAUGGGUUACGACGUGUCCACGAAGAUAUUCGAGAGACCGGUGCGCUUCGAUGGCGAGAACUUCUUACAGUUCAGGCAUCGCAACGGAAGAAGUACUAACUCGACUAACACUACCCUCGGCGAGUACUUUGAGGAGUCCUACUCCGACUACGACUUGGAGGAGGACGACGACUACGAUUACAACAGUUACGAUUACACGGAGCGCAGAGGUCAACAAUCGAACAAGUUUGAGCUGAGGCUGAGGACGACGGACUCGGAGGGUCUCAUUGCUUGGAUCGGAAGAGGAAAAGUCGAACACCUUAUGUUAUCGUUACACGGUGGCCAAGUGGUGCUCACGCACAAAACCAGAAACGAAGAAAUAUCGUUAAGAAGCACGGAACGAGUGGACGACGGCGCGUUCCAUCAUAUCAAAGCAUCGAGAAGACAAAGAGCAUCGAUGAUACAGAUCGACGACUUCCCCCCGGUGAAGGUAUCGACGGAGACCACCCUGCUGACGACGAACGGCAAGCUGUUCGUCGGCGGCAAGCCGGGCCAUCCUGGCGUCAAGGGCUGCAUGAAGAACUUCGUGGUGGACAAACGACGACUUCAGCUGAGGAAGACAACUUCUUCCAGGCGGAAGAUCGAGCUCUGUCACGACAACGACGUAUGA